AUGCGUGUGACAACCCAACUUGCGCAAAGUGGCCUCCCGCCUCCUAGCCCACACACUGACAGUCAACCCACGUCCUUCACAUUUCUCCAGGCUACCGACGCAGUCAAAAGUGGCCUUCCUCUCCCCCAGGUCGUCGCCCGCCUUCUGUCCGAGCUGACAAAGACUGAAUGUCUAUCCCUCUUGGACGGAGACGAACAGUUCUGGGGCGGAUUGCGCACCAUCCUCUGCGACCGGUACAACCGCCAUCCUUUCGUGCACGGCCAUGUUCGGCGUCUCGGCAUCCCUGGCAUUCGGUUCACGGAUGGACCGCGGGGGGUGGUCAUGGGGGAGUCGACCGCGUUCCCCGUCUCCAUGGCUCGAGGCGCAACAUGGGAUGUGGAUCUGGAACGGCGAGUCGGAGAGGCGAUCGGCCGCGAGGCCAAGGCCCAGGGCGCGAACUUCUUCGCCGGCGUCUGUGUGAAUCUCCCUCGACACCCGGCCUGGGGACGCAGCCAGGAGACUUAUGGCGAGGAUCCGCUGCUUCUGGGGGAGUUCGGCCUGGCGUUGACGCAAGGUGUUCAGCAACAUGUUAUGGCGUGUGUGAAGCAUUUCGCGCUGAAUUCGAUGGAGAAUGCGCGAUUCCAGGUCGAUGUCCAGGUCGACGAGGAUGUCUUGCGCGAGGUCUAUCUUCCGCAUUUCCGACGAAUUGUCGAUGGCGGCGCGGCGGCGGUGAUGUCCGCGUAUAACUCGGUGAAUGGGGAGUGGGCGGGACAGAGCCACCAGUUGCUGAUGGAUAUCCUCCGGGGGGAAUGGGGAUUUGAUGGCUUUGUCAUGUCGGACUUUAUCUUUGGGUUGCGCGAUGCGGCGACCUCAGUGAGGAACGGAUUGGACAUCGAGGCACCCUUUCGACAGCAGAGAGCCAUGGAUCUGCCUGCUGCCUUAGCGUCGGGUGAAUUAGACUGGAGCGACGUGCACCGUGCCUGUGCAAGGAUCCUCACCAAGCAGCUUGAGUUCGCUAUCAGGACGGAAUCCUCACAACCGGACCCCGCGGUGGUCUUUUGUGAAGAGCAUCGUGCGCUGUCUCGCGAGGUGGCGACGCGCGGGACCGUGCUUCUGAAGAAUGAGGAGGUCGGGGGCCAGAGGAUGCUUCCGCUGCAUGCUUCUUCCAUCUCCCAAAUUGCUGUGGUGGGCCGUCUCGCCACGGUCCCGAACACCGGAGACAAGGGCUCUUCCCAGGUCUUCGCGCCACAUGUGGUGACAGCGCUGGAAGGCAUCAGAUGCGCCUUCCCUCAAGCGCAGAUCUCCUUCACACACGAGCCUGGCCAGGUGACGGAGAUGGCAUCCCAGGCGGAUGUGGUCAUCUGCGUGGUCGGGUACGACCAUCAGGAUGAAGGUGAGUAUGUGGUUCCUGCGUUGAAGGAGAAUCCCACCCUCCAAGGCGUGUUGCCACCCGCGGUCACUCCGGCGGACCGAGAGAUGUUGGCCGUCAUUAAAGGUGACUCCGCUGACCAGUCCGCGAGUGCCAUUGAGGUCGGGGCUGGGGGCGACCGUGCAUCCUUGCGACUGCGGGCUGAAGACGUGGCGCUGAUCGAGGCCGUCUCCCACAAUCCCCGCACAGUCGUGUCUGUCGUUGCUGGCGGGACGGUCAUUAUGGAGGAGUGGAGAGCCAAGGUGCCCGCCAUUCUCAUGAGUUGGUAUAGCGGAUGCGAGGGCGGCCACGCUUUGGCCGAUCUCCUCGUCGGACGAGUCGAACCCAGCGGACGACUUCCCGUUUCAAUCCCCACGAAUGAGAGCCAUCUACCCUUCUUCGACGUGAACGCAACGCGUAUCACCUAUGAUCGAUGGUAUGGUCAGCACCUUCUCGACCGCAUGGGGGUGCCUGCUGCGUUUCCCUUCGGCUACGGAUUAUCGUACACAUCGUUUGCGGUCGACAACUUGAGGGUCAUCCCCGCCCAGUCUGCGACCGACGCCGACGGGCAGAUCGAGCGGUUGACUGUCCAUUUUGAUGUUCGCAAUACAGGGUCGCGAGCUGGGCGAUAUCAAGCCCAAGUAUACGGUCGACCGGGGGUGGAAAACUUCCCGUCCUGCGUCUUACUGGGUUUUGCGCCUGUCAGCUUGGCACUAGGGGAAACGCGAGCGGCAACCAUUACGGUCUCGUUGAGACCCCUUCAGAGAUUCGUGGAUGGGAAACUCACUCUGCCGAGGAAGAAGAUUCUGGUGGAGGUUGCGUCUUUUGCGGGAGAUCCAGAUGCCACCCGCAUUGCAUUCAUGCUCUGA